CCGACCAACUGUAGAGACGCAGCGAUCAGACAGAAGUGAAAUAACCAGCUGGAGUUUAAUGAUCUGACGGAGGAUCUCAGCAUCCAACAGCAACAUAAUGAAGAGCUUUCUUCUACUCAUCCUCUCACUGAUGAUAACAGGCUGGGAGGCCUCAUCUGAUGUGAAGGGAUGCACAGACGGAUGGGUGGAAUUCACCUGCCAGCAUAAAACAAGUCAACAAUAUCAAAGAGUUGAUGUAGUUAAGGGCAGCCAAACAAUCAUACAAAGCACUCAAAAGAAUGUAUGGCAGACCAAGGACAGAUUUUCUGUUUACUAUGAUGCAGCAAAUAAAAACCUCAGAGUGAUCAUCAAACAACUUCAACAAGAGAACUUUAAGAAGUACACGUGUAAAUUUAUAUUUGGCAGAAAAUCUGAAAGUGGUGAAGUGGACUUGAAAGUUGAUGACGGCUGUCAGACACCAUUUCAUCAAACUGCGUACAGAACAGCUAAAACCACCAUCUCAUGUGACAAAAGAAAGUCUGAAGUCAUGUUUUUCUGCAAAGAGAAGGGUUCAAUCUGUGAGGAUAUUUUAUCAACAAAAUCUUCUCUGAAGUCAAACGGGUCCUUCACUCUCACAGAGACCAGCAGUAGCUUCAACAUGUCCAUCAGUAAUGUGUCCUCAGAGCAUGCUGGUGUCUACUGGUGUGGAGUGGAAACUGAUAAAGGACGUAACAGAUCUGCACUCAGAAAAAUACAGCUGAAGGUUGAAGAUACUAUUACUAACUCCACUAAGUCUCCAACUGCUGGACAGAAUCUCACAUACUGGUGUAUAUAUCCAGAGGGUACUACAAUAAAAAAAUUCAUCUGUAAAGGAGAAGAUCCAUCUAUAUGUAUACAGAUAGUAAGCACCGCACAGAGCAACGCUGGAAAGUUUUCUAUGAUGGAUGACAACGUGAUAAAUAUCACCAUAACAGUGAGAAACGUAACAACAGAAGACACUGGGACAUACUGGUGUGGAGCAGAAAGAAAUGACCCAAAACAGAGCAACCCAUUCUUCCACAGGCUCAUGAUGACUGUCGUGCCUCCAACAACACUGAACUCCUCUACUAUCUCAACAUCAACUCAUCCAGUUCCUACAUCUGCUUCUUCCACCCAGUCGACCACUGCAUCCGCCCACAGCAAUGUGCCUCCAACUACAUCAAGUCCUGGGUCCUCCUCGUUACCUGGAACCAUAGCUGUGGUCGUCUGUGUGGCUGUGCUGGUGCUGCUACUUAUUUUGUUUCUCGUCUGCAGACGAUUUCAGCGUUCAGAAAACACAAGAAAUGGAGAACAGCAACAAACAACAAAUGAGGAUGGUGCCUAUGAGGAGAUACAGGAGCGCCUCCAGAAGCCAGGCUCAGGAACUGCACUCAGCACUAUUUAUGUCACAGUCAACGCUCCCACAAACUAG